AGUCCUCUGGAGCGCUUCGGCACCGGAAUUAUUCCACUGCCGCGCCGAGACAGACCGGCCGUCCUGUCAAGAAGACUGCGAGCUAGUGCAGUGACUGUCGUCUUACUCCGUGCAUAAUCAGUUCAUGACCUGCAUACGGGUAUUCUUCGUGCCAGUGUGCUCCAGAACUACUAUCGGCGUCAGUGCAUUCACGUGUUUCUCGCGGCUGCUCGUACAAAGCCGCAUCAGUUCAAGUAGGGCGCGAUACAUGACUGCGGUGGUCUUCGUACUUAGGAAAAGAAAACAACUACGAAGAUUCCUGUCAUUAGUGCGUGUAUUGCCUGUGUUCGUGUAUUGCUUGCGCGAGCGCCGGCAGUCGUCCCAUCGGCGAUGUUUGUACUCGGGUAGAUCGUGACUGCCUGCGCUAAUCAAGGACGGCGAAGCACACCGCAGCAAAGCGAGCAUCUCAAAACGAGCAGAGCAAUGCGCCCUUCACGGAUUCACAUCGAUGCUUGCUGGGCCGUGCCGUUUAUCUCGGCGUGCGCCACCUUCCUGUUCGCGAUGCCCAAGGCCAACAGCGGUGUCUUUUUCGUCUUCUUCGUAGGCUAUUUUGGAGUCGACAGGGAAACUGCAUCCUGGCCUGAAACCGUCGAAUCAGCCACUGGAGCAUCUCGAGGCCUUCUCAUGAUUGGGACAUCUAUUUACACCGUGUCAUACUUCGACCAGUACAGGGGUAUUGCUUCCGGCAUCAGGAUCACUGGAGUUUCUUUGACUGGCAUCAUCGGCCCUUCAUUGCUCGCACAACUAGCAAAGACGUACCAUUUCCAGGGUUGCCUGCUCAUCACAGGAGGCCUCAUGCUGAAUCUGAUACCGUUGUUGAUGAUGCUGCGGAACCCGCGACCAGUUGCUUGUUCUAAAUGCUGGCGCUGUGGCACGUCGCAGCACACAAAGAGUGCGAGCGUGGCCGUGAGCCCAGCUACGACGACGGCAGCGCACACCAUGCAGCCUCCCACCACCUCUGUCCACCUGGUGCCAGAAAGGCAUCUCAAAUGCGGAAAAUAUAACGAUGAAGCAGAGGCAGACACAACUCCGAGUAAAGCAAAACAUAAUUCAUGUCAUAGACCUCUGCGAAAACCACCAGGAUUGCCAAUUCAGCUGCCGAAAGUUUCCGAUCGGCGCGAAGGUCCCAAUGCUGGAAUCGCGACUCAAACCCUAACCGUGCUUACGACGCCUUCCUUCUACAUCAUCAUGAUCGCCGUCGUGGCCGCGGAUUUCACACUUCCGUUGCUAGGCACGACCAUCGUCGACUACGCUCUUGACAAAAAACUAGCUCCUGAUGAAUCUUGGAGGCUCGUCACUUUUCUGUUCAUUGGAGCCAUGUUCGGGCAUCUCGUCAUCCCACUAUUGUCCGACAAGCUGGCCCGUGGACGGUCCCUCAUCGCGGCCCUCAGCUUCACUCUGCUGUCUCUUUCUUUCAUCCUGAUGCCGCAAGUUGGUAGUUUCGCGGCUGUUGGAGCGGUCACUGUUCUGGGAGGUGUCCAGCAUGGCUACCUUAACACGCUCAAACCGGUACUCGUGGCCGACUACCUAGGUGUUGGCAGCGUCGCUGUUUCCUGGGGUCUCAUGGGGCUGGCCUCUUUGCCGCUCACUGUAUGCGAACCUAUGAUUGUGGGUGCAUUUCGCGACAACGGUGGCUCCUACGACCGGCUCUACCGCCUGUGCAGUGUGGUAAGCCUCCUUGCAGCGUCCCUGUUGGUCCUGCAGUCCUGCCUGGACGCCAGGAAGCGGAGUGCGAAGUUUGAGACGGCGCCACUUCCAUCCGCAGCAGUCUGCACUGACAUCGAUGGCAAGACGUCGCACUCCCCAAAGUGAUGCUGAUGGACACCCUGGCCAAGUGAUCACCUCUCAUACACAGGAAGAAAAAACGAAAAGAAAAAAAAGCACCAAGCAUGCUGUAGCAAAUGAAGUGAACUCGUUUUAGGCCAAGUAGUUAUGGAAUUCAAUUACCGCGAUCUCUUAGUGAAGCGGAUCCACUACAAUUUCUUAAAAACCGUUUUGUUCGCUGCACCUAAAGACAGCAGUUGAGAAAGUGUCCUAACACAUCUGCGUAAUGGCAGGUUUUUUCUAACACCGAACAAGUUACUCAUAUUUCUCUAAAACAGAUGCUUCUACUAUUCUUGUGAACCAAGCUUACCGCUUUGAUGCCUUUCAAGAGUUUUCAAGAUAGCCCGAGAACCGCAGACGCUCUUUCGCACCGAAAUAAUAAUGUCUGUGUUCCAAUACUCGCCGUAGAAGGCAUAUUAGAUGGCCACACGGACAGUGGCCAUCUUAAUUCUCAUUCCAAUUCCAACGAAGACCUCAAAGAAGGCAGAUUUACGAAGAUCGCAUGUAAAUCCGAAACGAUUCACGUUACCUUCCUGUUCAGACGAAAUGGCGGCUGAGUAGUGCGUUAGUAUGCUUGGAAACUCGACGCGAGUUAUGCUGUUGGGCUGCUAAGCAAGUGAUCACGGGAUCGAAUCUCGGCCACGGUGGCCGCAUUCCGACGGGGUCGAAAUGCGAAAACACCCGUGUACUUAGAUUUAGGUGCACGUUAAAGAACCCCAGCUGGUGUGAAUUUCUGGGACCCCCCACUACGGUGUACCUCAUAAUCACAAAGUAGUUUCGGCACGUAAAACGUCAUCAUUUAGUUUUUUAAACUUGACGAGAACGUCGCCUGCGCACAAAAAACGUAGCCGCGCUUUCCUGUGCGCCUAACGGAAGUCGCGUUCUUUUCAUACGUUCGCAAGCGCAAAGAGCCAGCCUACCCUUUUCAUAGCUUCU